AUGGAAUCUGUGCGCGACUUCGAGAAUUACCAGCUUCUGGCUGCGGGCAUUGGUGUAGCUAUCCUGGGUUACAACGUCAUCACCGGAAACCGACCACGAUGGGUUCACUCGCUGCACGAGAAGUAUGGCCCCAUCGUCCGCAUCACCCCCAAGGAAGUCAGCGUGCAGGACCCGGACGCCACCGACAGAAUCUACGCGAUCAAGGGGGAGUUCCUGAAGGCGUCGUGGUACAAGCAGUUCAUCCCGAACGUGCAGAAUGUCUUCAGCACGACCGACGUCGACUACCACCGACGGCACCGCAGGCUCCUCGCCUCCGAGAUCUCAGAGUCUGGGUUGGCGCCGCACAGGGCCACGGUGGACUCUAAGAUUCGUCUGGCUAUCGAGCGCAUGGCUGAGGAGAUGGAGGAGCGUGGUGCGACGGAUGUAUUUCGCUGGUUCCUGUACAUGGCGACGGACAUUAUCGGCGAGCUGAGCUUCGGAUCUUCGUUCCGCAUGCUGGAGACCAAGGAGGAGAACCAAUACAUCCGCGACCUCAAAGCCAUCGGCAUCGCCGGCGGCAUCCGCGUGACCUUCCCCCUCCUCAUGCAAAUCAACAACUACAUCCCGAUCCCCGUCCUCAGCCUCGGCAUGCGCAUCCGCGAGCGCCUCUGCGAGUACGCCAGCCAAUCCCUCCAGCGGCACUACGACGAGGUCCUCGAGCAAGGCUCCGACGCCAAGCCCACGCUCCUCUCCAAGCUCUACCGGGCCUCGGAAAACGACCCGGACACGCUCCCCUUCGCCGAGCUGCGCGAGGACGCGAUGUCGUACAUCGCCGCCGGCAGCGACACGACGACCAACACGAUGACGUACCUCGUGUGGACCGUGUGCCGGCGGCCCGACGUCAAGGCCAAGCUCGUCGCUGAGCUGCGCGCCCUGCCUCCCGACUUCAGCGACCACGAGCACUUGAGGCAUCUCCCGUACCUCGACCACGUCAUCACGGAGACGCUGCGCCUGUACAGCGCCGCGCCGUCGGGGCUGCCGCGCGUGGUGCCGCAGGGGGGAGCGGUGCUCGCGGGCCGGUUUGUGCCGGGCGGGUACACGGUCUCGGCGCAGGCGUACAGCAUGCACCGGAACCCGAGGGUGUAUCCGGCGCCGCUGGAGUUCAAGCCGGAGAGGUGGGAGAAGCCGACGAGGGCGAUGAAGGCGGCGUUUGUGCCGUUUGGUGGUGGGAGCAGGAUCUGCAUCGGACUGCACCUGGCCAAAAUGGAGCUGCGUCUAGCUACCGCUCGCUUCUUCACCCGGUUCCCGAACUCGGAGGUCUCGCGGCUGGAGGGGUUCACGGACGACGAUAUGCAGGAGAAGAUGUUCUUCCUCACGGCGCCGAAGGGGCAGCGGUGUUUAAUUGAUGCUAAGUGAGGUGCCUACGUAGGUUACUGUGGGGAGGUUAGAGAGGAGAGGGGAGGGAGGGAUGUAAGGGAGGGCUAUUCUGACAAUAGCAUACCUACGGAAGCUGACCAACUGACUGUGAUCUAUUGUUUGAGAUGCAAUACUUAUAAAAUGCCCAUAGAAUAUUACUCCCCAUCGCUACUAUGGGUCGUUAUACGGCUGAUCCAGCGUAUUCGUUUAUGGUUGCAUU